UCUUGUGCUCUCAUGGCGUCCGCACCCUACAUCCAUGAAAUUAAGACAUUGGAUUUUAGAGAGUUGGCGAAUCAAACAAACCUUUAGAAAGAAGAUGAUUUGGCGAAAGCGUACACAAGAUGAUAUAGAGAAAUACAAUAUCACAAAAGAUUUACAAAAAAUAAAUUAAUUAAAUUUAAAAAGGUUAAAUUUUGUUUUUAACACUAACGAUAGUUCCAAAUAGAUUUAAAAAAAAAAAAAAAAAGCAGGCAAGAGAUGUGCACAAACUUGGUACAUAUUUUCUUGAGUACACAGCUGUUCAGUCUAUUAUCAUUUUAGAACCAGAUAAGUUAGUUUUUAAGUCACCUCACUCACCAUUUAUCUCAAAAUCUUUUUUCUUGCUAAUGGUAAACCUCGACGAAGCUAAUCUAAAGAUUUUAGAAGGAAAAGACGGCUAGCAAAUCUGUGCACAAAGAUGCCAGUACCUGAUGUUGAACACUGAUGCAUUUGCUUCUGAAGCUUUUAUCUGGUAAUAUGCAAUGUGAUAAGAGGGGAUUCUCUUUUCUUCUUCGUGCUUUUCUCGUUAAGGUCGGUGGCACUUACAUUUUCUAAAUUGUGGAACUGAUGCAUAGUGCUUUGCUCUCCUUGUCCUGGCAACUCUUGAAUCCACCAUAUUCCUGUCCAUGAACUGCUAACUUAUUACAGUUGUUAGCGACUGAUGCAUAAUCAAUUAUUUCCACUCAGCUAUGUGGAACAUAAAAUGGAGGUUUCCUAUUCCUGGAAAUCAGUGUAGCAGUUGUUACUCGGAUAUCAUAUUUAAGCAUCUGCUACAAUUUUAUCCAUGUACCGUUAUGGACGAGGUAUUCGAUUUCUUAGUACUGCCACAAGAAGAAAGAACGCUAACUGGGAUCCAAUUGUAUCUCUUGAACUUAAUCACCCAUCUCUUCUUUUGCUUGAGAAAAGCAAUUCCAGGGAUAAUUUCAAACAGAUCUUGGGGCAGAUGAUGAGAAGCAAUCUAAUUGGUCAAACAUUUCCUAUGAGCAGACUCAUCUUUUUCUCAGCAAUUUCACAUCCUGAGAACUUGGAUAUGGCCUUAAUUCUUUUUAAUCACUACACUCCUUACCCCAACCUGUAUAUUUACAACACCAUGAUUUCUGCACUAUCUUCGGCAACUGCUCAACCUUUAUAUAAUUCUAUGCUGAGCACUGGCAUUGGCCCAGACAAACACACACUUCUUUAUCUACUUCAUUCUGCCAGACAUGUAUCAGAAGUGAAACAAGUUCAGUGCCAUGCUAUCAUUUUGGGUUUGUCAACCUAUAGAUAUCUGCAGAACUCCCUCAUUAAAGUGUACUUAGAAAAUGGACUGUUUUGUCUUGCACAUAAAAUAUUUCGACAGAUGCCAGCUCCAGAUGUUGUCUCAUUCAAUAUAAUGAUUACAGGUUGUGCUAAGCAGGGAUGUGGUUUAGAAGCAAUACAACUGCUUUAUGAUAUGAUGGCUUUAGACCUUAAACCUGAUGAGUUUACCAUGUUAGGUCUUCUUGUUUCUUGUGGGAAAUUGGGAGAGGCACGGUUUGGGAAGACGGUUCAUGCAUGGAUAGAAAGGAGAAAGUCCAUUACUUCAUCAAAUCUGAUCUUGGGUAAUGCUCUUCUGGAUAUGUAUGUAAAGUGCCAAGAGUUGGACCUUGCCCACAGGACAUUUUCUGCACUAACAGAGAAGGAUGUUGUUUCAUGGAACACCAUAAUUGCAGGAUGUGCUAAGGCAGGCGACUUGGAACUUGCAAGGACACUUUUUGAUCAAAUGCCUUGCAGGGAUUUUGUAUCUUGGAAUUCAUUAAUUGCUGAAUAUGCAAAUCGAGGUGAUUUUAUUAUAGUAAGAGAUUUGCUAUAUGACAUGGUGGCGGAGAAUGUUGUACCCAACAACACCACCAUGGCUAGCUUGAUCUCUGCUGCAGCAGAAAUUGGAGCUCUGGAUCAGGGAAGGUGGGCACAUGGCUGGGUAAUCAGAAUGCAGAUUAAAAUAGAUGCUGUUUUGGGUUCAGCAUUGAUUGACAUGUAUUGCAAGUGUGGAAGUAUCAACAAUGCUUUCUUGAUUUUCAAUGAAAUUAUUGAAAAGGAUGUCAUAUUAUGGACAACAAUGAUAACAGGAUUUGCUUUCCAUGGUUAUGGAAGCAAAGCAUUGGAACUGUUCUAUGAGAUGCAAGCAAAUGUAACUCCAAAUGAAAUCACGUUUGUUUCUGUUCUUGCGGCUUGUAGCCAUAGUGGACUUGUUGAUCAAGGGAUUGAAAUAUUCAACAGUUUGAAACAGUAUGGCCUUAAACCAAGAAUUGAGCACUAUGGUUGUUUGGUAGAUCUCUUAGGGCGAUCAGGUAGGUUAGCUGAGGCAAAAGAUGUCAUAGAAAGAAUGCACAUUAAACCAAGUCGAUCCAUCUGGGGGUCAGUUCUAAAUGCUUGUCAAGCUCAUGGGAAUCUGGAAAUGGCAGAGAUAGCUUCAAAAGAGCUGCUGAAGUUGGAGCCUCAGGAAGAGGGUGGAUACAUGUUGUUGUCUAACAUAUACGCAGCUAAUGAGAGGUGGAGCCAUUCUGACAAGAUUAGAGAGACCAUGGAUAGCAGAGGAGUGAAGAAGACUGCUGGUUGCAGUGGUGUCGUAAUUGAUGGAGUCAUCCAUAACUUUCUGGCCGCAGAAAAGUGGCACCCAAGAAGAUUAGAAGUAGAGUUCAUUUUAAACUGUCUGACAAGCAAACUGAAGCUAGGGGCUAAUCUAUCUCUAGAAUCAGCGCAUCCCUUGCAGGAGACAUACUGACAGAGCUGCUUUCUUUCAACAGUCUCCAUCAAUGUUGGACACAGUGGCGUUUAAAUAUACUGUCCGGUUGCCGCUUUAGGAGAUAUCAUCCCCUUCCUCUGUGUUGUUUCAAAGCCAAAAUACACUGGUUUAGGUGUAUUUGAGGCACAAUCUUUCCUGCAGAGUCGAAUAAGUAAAUGGAAGGAUUGUAAGUAAGGCGUAAUCCGGUUUGUUUGAUAUAUGGACUGAUGGUCAUUCUUGGAUUACAUUCAAAUAUACCGUUAACUUUUCUAGAA